AUGGCCAACGUGCAGGUCUGGGAGUGCCACCAGCUUGGGAAGCAGCAGGGCGCCAGGAUGCCGGUGACGUUUCAGGAUGUGGCGGUGUCGUUCCGCCCCGAGGAGUGGCGGCGGCUGUGGCAGUGGCAGAAGAAGCUGUACUGGCGUGUGAUGAGGGACAACUACGAGCUCGUCACCUCGCUGG